UGAGAAGCUAACCGACGAGGAGGUAGAUGAAAUGAUCCGUGAGGCAGAUAUUGACGGUGAUGGUCAAGUAAACUAUGAAGGUUUGUCUUUUUAUAACAUUAUGUUUCUUUUAUAUUUUUUUUCAAAAAAUUUACAACAAAAUUUCAAAAACGCACUUUUUUUAUAAUAUUUAUAUCGUAAAAACAAGAUUAUUCACACAGUUGUGAAAAUUUUUGUUACUUUUUUAUUUUAAAAAGGAGGCUUUACAUGUCGAAAUUUUUUUACCAUGUAUAUUUUUUGUGAAUUUCAGAAUUUGUAAAUAUGAUGAUGUCGAAAUAAGCUGAAGAGGACAAUAUUGAAAUAAGCCAUUCCUAUUUUCAAAUGUUAGUAAGACUUGCUGAGCACAAAUUUUGCACGUGCCUGCUAAACAAUUAAAUGAUGUUCCUCACUUUCAACAAAUGACGACGGUGUUAGAAUAGUUGAUCUAUUGAUAUUAAAACGCUUAAACUCUCCGUUUCUCAUUACUAACUAACAUGUUUUCUGUUCUAUCCUCUUUUUAUCGGUCAUGUUUUUAAGAACCGGUACAGGUGUGUAAGAAUACCACUAACGCCAUCUUUUUUCUGUUUCAGAAUUCGUAACGAUGAUGACGUCCAAGUAAGCGGGGCGCUGCACUCUCAUUCUUUGUAGAUCUGUCUCCUGCAUUGCGGAAGAAAAGCGUUUUAUUUUUAACGUACAAUGUCUGCAACGUAUGGAGUCGUUCGUCGGAGCUACAGCGUCCUUAUUCGUUGGAUCUACGACGAAGCUUUCGCGCCAUUAUAUAAUAGUUCUAUUUCUUUUUUGUAAGAAAAACGUUAAACUAAUCAUUGCUCCGCUUUUCUUUCAUGUAUGAAUUAUAAUCUAUAUCUUUGUCUGUAAAAUAUCACAUACUUUCCAACAAGAUUUUCAUGUUGAUUGUUCAAAAAAAAAAAAAAUAUGGCUUAUAACACACUUCAGUAGUAGGAUUUGAGUUUUGCGACAGUAGAAAAUAGAAUCUAAUUAACCUACUUAGGCGUCGGUCGAGAGAAAUUGCGCAACUAAUCGAAUCGGGAAAAAUCGAAAAUUUUAGCGCGCGUUUCGACAGUGCUGCCACCCAAUGGCGGAAUAAUGGCGUCAUCGGCGGCUGCGUGCUUUCUAUGCCGGUCGGUUAAAGGCGAUUUUUUGGCUACAAUUACUUCAUGUUACGCCCUGAAAAAUUGUCAAACGCUGUCGUAAAUUGUUGGCGAAGGUAAUCGUAUAAAGUUUGUCGUCGAAAGAGGUAAGAUCUCUUAGAAAACUCGAAUUUUUCUUCUAAAGAUUAUUCUUGCCGCCCUGCAUGCAUAAUCAAUGAGCCGCCGCCAUAUAUAUGCUUGAAACCGAGUCGGCUUUUUAGGCCUGCGACAGGGUAUAACUUUAAAUCUUUCUUACGAAAAAUGUUCGAUAUGAACGAUAUAUUCAAAAGUGGUACAAGUUUUUUAAUAUAAAGAUACCCAAGAACAAAUGUGAAUGGGUUGUAACGAAUAUGCAGAUGAGCUUGCCGCAAUGGCGCAGAUGCAAGCGGUGAAUCAUCUAGAGGAUUUCACCUGCUGGAGUAGAUAGGUCUAGACUUGGACUAGUCAGUGGUUGCAUUUUUUCUGUGUUAUUCACAAUGAAUGUUGUUAUUUUUGUUUUUAGUUGUAAAUCUGAAUAUUAUAAUGUUUCAGAAACUAAUUAUUGAAAAAUAAAGCAGGUGACUAAACAAAGAAAACGGCUGCGAUAGGGGGCGCUUGUGUGUUCUUUGUCCUUCCUCGAACUUCACUACAUAAAGCGGACUGCGUCUGACCCGGCCGUAUUACACGCCAAGUCGGUGGUUCGGUGGGGCUGUUUGAGCCGGCAGAAUCCGUUAAGAGGUAUUCUGCAGGUACACAUCAGCCCCAUUUAGCCAUCGUUUUUCAUCGUCUAUAUCUACAACAACUACUACAAUAUCUACUACGAUUGGAGCUGCUGUUAUCUGAACAUUUUUUGAAUUUGUUUCGACGCUGACCUAUUUUUCACACGCACCUUACGUAAUUUUUACUUCUCUCUCUUCUCUCUUUCUCUCUCUCUCUGUCUUCGCAAUUUUUUCAGUGAAUCGGUUAAUUUCAGCAGUAGAAUUUUAGCAUUAUUUAUCUUCUCUACUGAUUUUUCGAAACCUAAAAAUCGCCAGAUUUCUCGUAAGCGUGAUCAUUGAACAAAGGGGCGACUCAUGUGCAGGCACAUACACACAAAGAAAAGUUGGGCUGUCUGCAUGUAUGAAUCUGCUCCUCUAUUCUUUGUUCGGCAUCUUCUGCAUGCUAUUUAGUUUUUGCAUGCAUUUUUUUUUCCCUCCCUGUUCUCGUUUUAACAUACAAUGCUACAUUCUUUUUCUCUGAACGAAAUCUUGAAAUAAUACAGUUUAAAAAUAAUUUAAAAUCACUCGUUUUGAACAAAGAAGCGUGACCGACGCCAGCAAGUUGUAUUAAACCGCUAGAGGGCGUGUUCCGAUGCCCGCCGUUUUACCUCUUGUUCUUAAAAAGUUCAUAUCCUUUUUUUUUCCAAUUAUAACACAAGAAAUUAGUAAGAAUGACUAAAAUUUCAGUCAUUUAUCAUAACACAAUAAUAUCCGUAUAAGUAUGAUUAAACAUGAAUAAUGAGGGGAUGAACAAGUUUAAUAAUAUAGAAAUAAAGGGAAAAAAUGCGUGGCCGAAUGUAGACGUUAAUUUUUCGCUGUGCAUACCCGACUAACCCUGAAGUAACCCCUUGUUGUAUAUAGGUGAAGUAUUUCGCGAACUGCCAUUUUUGCUCUCGAUCGCGAAAUCUUGAAUGUUACAAAAGAAUAAAUAAAGGCAUAGUUUUAAUAAUGUAACAAGCGUAAAAUAUUAAUAUACGAUGAGACUGCUCCCCCUAUUAUAUUGAUUAAAGAAACAAAAGAUAGUGUUAAAUCGACUCGUUUGGUCAAUGUGCAUAUGCCAUUUCAGUUAGAGAAGACUACUACUAAAAUGACAGAAACCGCAAAAUCGCAGCUGUCCGAUGAGCAACUUUCCGAAUUUCAAGAGGCUUUCGCGCUUUUCGACAAAGAUGGCGACGGAGUAAUUACAACGAAAGAACUAGGAACGGUAAUGAGGUCACUAGGGCAGAAUCCUUCUGAUACAGAAUUACAAGACAUGAUUAAUGAAGUUGAUGUCGAUGGAAAUGGAACUAUCGACUUUAACGAAUUCCUAAGUAUGAUGGCGAAGCAAACUUCGGAUAAAAACGAUGGUGAACACGAAAUGGAAGAAGCUUUCAAAGCCUUUGACAAAGACGGUGAUGGAUUCAUUUCGGCUGCCGAAUUACGACAAGUGAUGCUGAGUAUAGGUGAAAAGUUAACGGAUGCCGAAGUUGGUGAAAUGAUUCGAGAGGCCGAUAGAGAUGGUGACGGCCUAAUAAGCUACUCUGAGUUCGUCGUUAUGAUGUGUUCAAAAUAACGAUCGAUAAAGUAUACCCACCCGUCACCAGAUGGCGAAAAGCACUCAAUUUAUAUUUCUUUAUUUUCUCAAUGUUUGCAUUUGAAUUUGAAAGAGAAAAUUGAAUAGGACAAUUGUUUGGCACAUUCCUGUUAAUUAUGAAUAUUUAUUUGUUUCAUGAACAAUAACAUGCUUUAAUAUUUUCAUUCCGUCCGUAAAAUAUAACAACAUUUCAUAAACAAAUACCUAUCCUCUCUUAAUUAAUGCCUUUCUCAAAUGGUUUUACUAUUUGGUUAUUCAUAACUUGAUGCUUUAUUUUAAAUAGGUUUGAAAAGAUAGACGAGUUUGCAAUAUUAAUAGACGCCGCAGAAUUACCAUUUGACAAUCUACCCACGCGUAUACAACGAAAUUCAGCCGCAUUGCAAACAUUCUGUACACACAACUAAGGAAUAGAUAAAAACUCAUGAAUUAUUAUACAUAGAUUGUGGAUCAUUUCUACAAAAUUUAACGUUGGUGGUACAUUUGUGAAUAUGAAUUUUCUAUUCUUUUUAACACCGUUUCAAUGUGAUCCAUUCAAUCAGCCUACAUUCUUAUUGUAGUUACAAUGUCAAAUAACAAUAAAACUGCCCGUAUUUUCAAGACGUCCUAUUUUGAAUGGAAAAACGGCAUCGCAUACAGAAUGAACUCCCGACGUCUAUACGUAAUAGCAUAUAUUGCUACUUCUCUGGCCCACUCUUUCUUUGAGCCUCUCUUAUAUCUUUAUUAUUUCUUUCUCUCCCUCUGCACUCCUUAUUUCUUUCUUUAUCCAUAAUCUCUCUCUCUCUUUCUUUCUUUUCAAAAAAAUCUACUAACAAUGCGUAAACAGCGUUAGACAGACUCGUAUUUUUUACUGUUUUAUGGUCCUACAAGCUCUCUUUAUAAAGUAAACAAUUGAGAAGCAAUAUCUUAUCAUUAAUUUAGCAUCAAAUUUGCAACGGUUUACCGUUUUACAGCAAAGGGUGAUCGAGGUACGUCAACUUACAUUUUCUCUUUGUGUAGAAGGGAAAGUAAAGUAUUACGUAAGAAUAAAAAUCGGGGCAAUCUCUCAGAAACUCUCUUUAGCGUACAAGUCUCAAUGAUUAAAGAAUGAAACUGUAACUUUGAUAAGAGUU